UAUGAACGCCCCUUGAUAUUAUAUCAAUUAUUUCGGAUUUCUCUUACAUGCGAAAGACCUCUGCAAACACCACACACUAUCCGCGCCAAUUUUAAGGGCCAUUUGGCCCAUUGGCUCCAGCCAACUCAAAAUGCAGUCGAUGGUAGCUCUUCUCGGCGCGCACAGCAGAGGCGCAUUGAGUCGCUGUAUUAAACCCUCGAUACGACCAUUCUCGAGCACUCAUGCAUGCAAAAUUCAGGUGCCAAAGGCAGCACCCUCUACUCGCCGGCAAUCGAGAUCUUUAAACGCCCAAGGCCGACCAGAUCACCAAAGUCAACGGCGAGGAUGGAUAGAGGCGCUAAUCGGGGAUCGAAAAGCUACUAUUGCUCAAUUCACACUCGCCAAAAAGGCGGGCGCCUUAAAGAUUGAACCGGAGGAUUCAAUCGAGCUUUUACGCUCUUAUUGCAAUGCGGUGGCAGAACCUGGCUGGGAGAUCCGUUUCUGUAGAGAACACAAAAUAGAUCCUCUUACCUUGGCCAUGGUUAGCAGGAUCCUGAAUAAGAAUCCUGCUCUCCCUCUAAGGAAGAUGGGAGAAAAUAUGAUGAUCUGCGCCGCAACGCUUGGCGAUUUAAGUUCCAUCGUCGCCGUCAUGAACAGAUCUUUGCUGCAGGACAAUCUUCACCACCCAGGUCUGCUAAUACCCAUGACCAAGCUCAAAUUCUACGCCAAUCAAGGAAAUGCAGAGGCAAUGGUAAUGUACGGCCGCAUCCUGGACCGCCAGAAGAAGCACGCCGAAGCUGCCGAGAUGUUUCAGAAAGUCGCAGAGACUCCGCGUGACGGCUCCGUCGAUGCUGAGAUUGGCAACGCGUUGGUCCAGCAAGGAAAUCUCUCGUAUCGAGAUGGCAAGAAGGAGGAGGCGAGGAUGAGCUUCAAGAAAGCAGCGCUUGAGUUUGAUAACCCAGAAGGUUAUUAUAAGCUGGCUUUCAUGAUGCCAGACGAAGACCCAUUAAAAGAGACCUAUUUGCUCAAAGCUGCUGCAUCUAGGAUCAGGGAUGCAGUUGUUGAGGUUGCUGCCUUGUAUGAGAGGACCGCAAGAUUACACGGAUCGUCUGAGGAAGGAAAGCAAGCAAGACUUCUCGCGGUUGAAUGGGAGAAGCUGGCGUCACACCAGGCGCCUAUAACAAAGUGAUAUAGCUGCAUAGAAAGAGGCCUGCUUAGACAUGGACCAAAUGUAUAAUAUGUAUUAUAUCCAG